GAGUUGAUCUCAAUCGUCAGUAUAAAGCGAGGAGCUUUAAAGGAAUCAUCUCACACUCGUCUCUUCUCGAGCUGAAUCACGGUGGCCAUGUUGAAAACUACUUACAUUCUCUUUCUUGCAGUUGGAGUGGCGUUAGCUGGUGACCAGGAAACAACAGCAAAGGAUAAAAGAGGAGUACAUGGUGGCUAUGGAGGUGGAGGAGGAGGAGGAGGAGGAGGAGGAGGUUAUGGAGGCGGAGGUGGUGGCUAUGGGGGAGGAGGAGGCAGCUACCUGGUAGUAGGCGGAGGCAGCUAUGGCGGAGGACACGGCCCGACGGCCUCCGACGUAGCCAACCAAGCGGCUGCACAAGCCACGUCUGCCCUCGCUGCCCUUGGAACCGUCGCUCACGGAGCUGCCGCCAGUGCUGCUGCAGGGGCUGCGGCUGCCGCCUCUGCUGCGUCCCAAACUGCCAUAGCUGCCGCCGCUAACCGCCAGGCCCAGGCUGCCCAGAUCACGCAGGCUGCCCAGGGAGCCCAGGCAGCUGCGUUCCAAGAAGCCUCUCUGGCCGGAAAGGCCAACAUCGCCGAGCAGGCAGCUAGAGUGGCAGCCUCCAUGGCCCGUGGUCUCCUGAGCAACUUGGGGCAAGUCUCCGGCGAGACCAACGCGUUGGCAGGACAGGCAGCCAGCAGCCUGGCUGCCCAGGAAGCAGUCCUGGAGUCCCAGAAUGCCAUGGCAUGGUCGGCUCAACAGGCAGCAAACUCCCUCCACCAGCAGCAGGCUGUGGUCAUCAGCGACCUGCAAUCAGCUGUUGGAGCCGCUGGACAAGCGCAGGGUGCAGCCGCCAAGGCCUUGGCUAAGGCUAAGGGGGCCAACAGCGGAGGGUUUGGGGGUUACGGAGGAGGUUUUGGUGGGGGUUAUGGAGGGUAUCACUAACCAUCUAGGAUAUAAAGUUCUCUCAUUAUAAGACUGAAGAUGAUGUUCUGAUAUAAAUGUAAUUACCGGAGAGGUUAUUUAUACAGAUGGAAAACAUUUUGAACGAUUUGACAAUAAAGCGCGAUGUUGAA